AUGAGGGUUGAUCUGCCAUCUGAUCAACCUACCUCCUGGAGAGAUAAGCUCGUCAGCCCUGCGGCAGAGGAUGUUUUCAAAGGCUCGGAAGAAAAGGAAGCUAUUGAUAUUUUGGAAGGGGACAUUCAGAGGACUUUUGUGAAUGACGUGCCUUCUAUAACCUUCUCAGCCAGGAUUCAUCAAAUCCUCAUUCAGGGUAUAGAUAACAUUGUGAUUUUAAAACUAUUUGGUCAUAACAUUGGUUUCUCGGUUUUGCAGAAUAAAAUUUAUAAUAUGUGGAAACCUUCAGCACCUUUGCACAUGAUGAAUAUUGAAAAUGGCUAUUUCCUAGUCAAUUUUCAAAACAAGCAGGAUUGCAAAAAGGCUCUUUCUGAAGGGCCAUGGACCAUAUUUGGUCAGUACUUGACCGUUCAACCGUGGACAUUGGCUUUCGACCCUACACAGGCUUAUCCAAGCAUAGUAAUGGCUUGGAUUAGAUUCCCUGCUCUACCUAGUUAUUUGUAUAACCGUAAAAUCAUUACAGAAAUCAGGGGAUUGGUUGGAAAAGUGGUUAAGUUAGAUAUGAAUACUGACAGUAGGACGAGGGGACAGUUUGCCUGA